GCCGAGAGUUACCCGCCCGCCAACAACUACCUGCUGCCUGACGGCUACGCGUCACCCACUGCCUGGUACCCGCCGGCCUAUGGAGACCGACCACAAGGCCCGCACGCUGGUGGAAAUGGCCGUUUCUCCCAGAAAUGGCAAGGCGAGCAAGCACCUGGAUUUAGUAAACGUUUUCCAGAGGAAAAUAACAAGCUAAAGACCAAAAAGAAGAAAGAGCCAGUUUUCUCUCAUUAUUGUGAUACUUGUGACCGUGGCUAUAAAAACCAGGAGAAGUAUGACGAACAUAUUUCCCAACAUAAACAGUGCACAGAAGAAGGUUGCAAUUUCAGCGCACAUGAGAAGAUAGUUCAGAUACACUGGAAGAAUGCACACGCACCUGGUGCUAAAAGAAUAAAAUUAGAUAGUCCGGAAGAGAUUGCUAGAUGGAGAGAAGAAAGAAAAAAAAAUUUUCCUACAUUAGCAAACAUUGAAAGGAAGAAGGCGAUGCAGAUGCAGAAGGAAGAAAGGGGAGAAGUACUGACUACCCAGCAGUUUGGCAAAAUGAAGGGGAUGUGGAAACCUUCAGAAAAUGGAGAGAGGUUUAGGCAACAAGGAAGGCAGAGAAGAAGGCAAAAGCAUCCAUUCUGGAAGAAAUUAAGGAAAAAUGAUGACUAUUAUGAUGUACAUAGAACUCAAAAUGAAACCAAUGGACCAGAAAACAACACUUGUGAAAAGGAACCUGAAAAACAGCUUCCUUCGGCAGCUAAGCCGUACGUGAAGGACGUGGACCCUCUUGGCCUUCUGGCAAACAGUGAUGUUGAAUCCGACAAGGAUGAAGCAGCAGCCGAAGACGAUAGGCUAGGAGUGACGGUUGUCCCCAAGCAUGUCACCUCUGCCCUGAGUUCGUUGUUGACCAACUACGGCAGUGCGUCCGACAGCGAGCCUGAAGAAAUCCCUGUCAAGACUGCAACAAAAGCUGAGAAAAACCAGGCUGCGCUCGGAAAUAUGCCUCAAAGUACUUCUGUUCCUCGGAGUCAAAACUUGAAUCAAAAACGUCCAGAAUAUGCAGGCACGACGUUAAGAAGCUCGAAUUCAAAUGCACGUCCCCCUAGAAGGUCUGAUAACUGGGGCAAGAAAAAAUUGCUUCCGAAGCGCCGACCAACUCUGCUGGAAAUGUUGCUGGCCCAGGACAUCCGACAUGAAAGGAAUGUGAUUCUGCAAUGUGUUCGAUACCUCAUCCAAAACAAUGUGUUUGGACUCCGUUUUAAAACAGAACCACAAGCUGAAACAGAGACUGAGCAGUCCCCUCCAACUACAGCUACAGCAGAGUCUUUGACAGACAAACCUGAUGAUUCUAAUUGUUCUCGUAGCUCUGACCUUCCGUUAGGAGGAGGAGAAGCAGAGGCAGUAUUAAUAGCUCAGGGUGAGAAAGCACCUGGGGAUCAGACUUCACAGAUGGCUCACUUGGCAGAUGAGGACACAUGGGAAACCCCGUCAAUUCAAUCUGAAGAAGCACUGUAG